UAUGGCUGUAUCAAUUAGUUAACUAUUCCAUCAAGAAGAGGCUGGCAAAUCGAUGGAAAUUAUUAUGCAUUGCCAAUAAUACAAAAGUGGCUCCCAUUGAUUUCGUUUCCCAACUUAUUGUCAAUAAACAAUUAGAAACCUCAUUGAUUAAGCAUGAAAUGGGAAUGACCAGGUAAAAAAGCCGAUGAUCAGAAGAUUCCCAUGAAGAGAAGAAGAAAAAGAAAAAAGAGAGAGAUUUUAGCAAAAUCUGAAACAUGGGUUUUUCCCAAGACAAUCUGAAAGGCUUUUUGUUGGCUCUUCUUUCAAGUGGGUUCAUAGGUGCAAGCUUCAUCAUAAAAAAAAAGGGCCUCAGAAGGGCUGCCGCUGCUUCUGGUGUUAGAGCUGGUGUUGGGGGGUAUUCAUAUCUCUUGGAACCUCUUUGGUGGCUUGGCAUGAUCACAAUGAUUGUUGGAGAAAUUGCAAAUUUUGUAGCGUAUGCAUUUGCCCCUGCAGUUUUGGUCACACCUCUUGGCGCAUUAAGUAUCAUUGUCAGCGCCAUACUAGCUCAGCUUAUCUUAAAUGAGAAGCUACACAAGCUAGGGAUAUUGGGUUGUGUGAUGUGUAUUGCCGGCUCCAUCAUAAUUGUAAUCCAUGCACCACAGGAGCGGCCAAUCUCGUCUGUUCAAGAGAUAUGGAGUAUGGCAACACAGCCAGCUUUUCUUCUAUACAUGGGAUCAGUCAUUGUUUUGGUGUUUAUUCUUAUCUUCUAUUUUGCUCCUCAAUGUGGACAUACAAAUGUACUAGUUUUCACAGGCAUUUGUUCGCUGAUGGGCUCUCUCUCGGUCAUGAGUGUUAAAGCCCUAGGAACUUCAUUGAAGUUGACUUUUGAAGGAAAGAACCAGUUGAUCUAUCCGGAGACCUGGCUUUUUAUGUUUGUUGUGGCUACGUGUGUGAUCACCCAAAUGAAUUAUCUCAACAAGGCUCUUGAUACUUUCAACACAGCAAUUGUUUCUCCGAUAUAUUAUGUCAUGUUCACUACGCUUACAAUAUUUGCUAGCGUUAUCAUGUUUAAGGAUUGGGACAACCAAGAUGCAGGAAGCAUUAUUUCAGAAAUAUGUGGCUUUGUUGUAGUGCUCUCUGGAACCAUCUUGUUGCAUGCUACGAAAGACUUCGAGAGAUCUUCAUCUUUCAGAGGUAAUUAUACUCCUUUAUCCCCUUCAUUAUCAACCCGACUUUGUGCUGGAAACACAGAGGUUUUGAUGCAUGAUGAGGACGAUGGGUCGUAUUCUGAAGAACCCUGCUCAAAGCGGCAAGAAUUCUACACAUAGAGUAUAUAUUUCUGCUGAGGAAACCAACCUUGAAAAAUUAAUAUUUGAAGGGAUGAUGGAGAUGCAUGAUUAUAUUUCACAUUUCAAUUUUAAGUCCAAAACAGUGGCGUUGGGGAAUUUUCACAAAUUUAUUUCAUCUGAUAAUUGAAUAACAUAGUCAGGAUAUUGUUCGUAGCACACCAACUGAUUUCAAUAUUCUCAGCACGGGAGUAUGUGGAAAACAUCAUAUAAUGCACGCUUCAGACAUUGUAUACAGGAAGUGUUAUGAUCAAAACCAUUUGAUACGGAGAUCUCAGUAACAGAUGUAAGCUUCCGGAUUUUUUGAAACUGUUUGUGCUGAUAAUUUAUAAGCUCGGUGGCCAGAGCCGACUGGAGAAUGGGCUUUAUUUGGAUGGGAAAUAUAGUAACUUUAUGGCAUUGCCUUCAUUCUUUUGGUCAUGUUUGUAUGGAACUGAAAAUAUAUUUCUGAUCCCUUUAUUUUCGACUUCUUCAACUUCUAAUGGUGAAUAGAUGACCCCAAAGUUCUAUUUCAUGUGACCCUUUUUCUGCCGUCUUACUCUUAUCCCUUUUCAUCAUUCUUGAUAUUUAGCCAGAGUGCUUUGAUUUUCCAAUUUUCUGUUUAUGAAAUCUGCGGUAUUGCUAUUUA